ACGCAAUAGACACUAACUUCUAACUGUCUAUCAUUAGUGAUUAGUUAAUAGUGCAGCACUUUGUAUCCAGAUCCACAGCAACUUUCACAAUGCUAUCUGCUGUCCGUUUAUCUCGCGCUUCGAGCGUCGCUUUCACGAGCACCGUACCAGCCCUGAACGUCAUUCGUUCAUUGGCCACUGGCGGAGGAGAGCGAAAAACAACAAAACUUAAGAAGAUGUUAAAUAGCGGAGAACUAUGUUUCUUAAUGGAGGCUCACAAUGGUCUAACAGCCAAGAUUGUUGAAGAAACUGGAUUCAAGGGCAUCUGGGGCAGUGGAUUGUCUAUCAGUGCACAGCACGGUGUGCGAGACAGCAACGAGCUGUCCUGGACCCAGGUAGUUGACACUUUGGAGUUCAUGGCUGAAAAUACCACCAUCCCAAUCUUAUUAGACGGCGACACAGGAUUCGGUAACUUUAACAACGCCCGUCGUCUAGCUGUUAAGUUGGAAGAGCGAGGGGUAGCCGGUGUGUGUAUUGAAGACAAGUUGUUUCCAAAGACCAACUCGUUGCUGGACGCACGUGCACAGCCACUAGCCGACCCUGAAGAGUUUGGCAUGAAGAUUAAGGCAAUGAAGGAUUCGGUCAAAGACAAGGACUUCUGUGUAGUAGCACGUGUAGAGUCAUUCAUUGCCGGUUGGGGACUGGAGGAGACGCUCAAACGAGCCAAGAUAUACGCCGACUACGGCGCAGAUGCCGUGCUCAUCCACUCCAAGAAGUCAGACCCCAGUGACAUCAUAUCCUUCAUGGAGAAGUGGGACAAGCGGUGUCCCGUGGUGAUUGUGCCCACCAACUACCCCACCACUCCCACCGACGACUUCCGCAAAAUGGGCAUCUCCACUGUGAUCUGGGCCAACAUGAACGUACGCGCAUCCAUCAAGGCUGUACAGGACUGCUCUAAGCAAAUCUUCGAGGAGGAGUCCAUUGUCGGUGUCACACCCAAGAUUGCCACUGUCAAGGAGAUCUUCAGACUGCAAGACGACAAUGAGUUGAAGGAGGCUGAGAAGGUCUACCUACCACAGACGAAGGCGGAGUAAUCUACCUACCACAGACAAAGGAGUAAUUGGUCACUUGAUCACUCUCCCACAAGAGUAACAGAUCAAUCGAUUAGAUGCGAAUGCACUCUUAAAACUGACAUGGCUUAGUUGGGCUGUGCUAUGCAGACCCGCUGCACCGUACGCACUCACGCACGGUGCACUAGAGGACGAACUAAAUUAACUUUGAAUGGAGAAUGAAUCCGGAAAGUAAUAAUAAAUGAUAAUAAACAAUUAAACCAUCGG